UAUUAAGAAACACUACCCGCCAACCCCACCAUUGUCUCUAUCUAUUGUCUACUACUACCUGAGGAAAUUUCCUUAUUUCAUUCAAAAUAUUUUUACUUUCGUUUUUUCUGGUUGUUGAUGAUCAGAGAAGAACAAAAGGAGAUUAAGUUUUUUAUUUGUUGCACUUGAGAAAAAAAAAUGUUGGGUUCUUCUUCUUCUUCUUCAAAGGGAGGAGGGAACAACAACUGUGAUUAUUCAUUUAAGAUAUUAUUGAUUGGUGAUUCUGGAGUUGGCAAAAGUAGUUUGCUUGUUACUUUCAUCUCUAACUUUGUUCAUGAUCUUUCUCCCACCAUAGGGGUGGAUUUCAAAAUCAAGAUGGUCACAAUUGGUGGGAAAAGAUUGAAACUUACAAUCUGGGACACAGCUGGUCAGGAGAGAUUCGGAACAUUAACUAGCUCGUACUAUAGGGGUGCACAUGGGAUUAUCCUUGUAUAUGACGUGACUCGGCGUGAAACCUUCACCAACUUAUCUGAAGUUUGGGCAAAGGAAGUCGAGCUCUACUCCACUAAUCAAGAGUGUAUCAAAGUUCUGGUUGGCAACAAAGUUGACAGGGACAGUGAAAGGGCUGUAACUCAAGAAGAGGGUAUGGCUCUUGCGCAGCAGCUUAAAUGUUCUUUUCUCGAAUGCAGUGCUAGAACCAGAGCAAAUGUGCAUCAAUGCUUUAAAGAUCUCGUUUUAAAGAUUCUUGAGGUACCUACUUUAUUGGAGAAAGGAUCAACGGCGGUCAAGAAGCAGAUUUUGCAGCAGAAACAAGUACGGAAACCACCCGAAAGCAAUGCCUGCUGCUUUCAAUGAACAUUCUACAACACUCGAGAGUUGGUGGGAAAGUUAUGGAGAGUCUUAUUGGAAUAGGAAGGGACCUUCAAGUGGACUCUGAUUGGACUUGACGUUGAGGCUUGACUUGUUGGUGGCCCAUGUGAGAAUUGAGGAGCAUAAAGGAAUCUUUAAUCGAGCGAAUCCUAUUUUAGGCGAGCUAAUGAUUGACCUGAUGAGGUCCUAAUAAAAGUGGUUGGGUUGGUUCCAUAGUUUUUCCUCUCUUAUAUGUAUUAUAGUUUUUAUAGUGACAAAGUUUUUGGAAUUGAGUUGGUAGUCGAAUCAAUCAGAAUAUUAAUUUUCGAUUUGAUUAAUUUCUCUGAUUUAUUUAAAUAAAUUAUUAAAAAUAAUAAAA